ACUUCAGGGGCCACACACACCUUUAGAGAGCCACACAGUGUGUAUGUGGGGGCAUAUGAAAGACAGGGAGUAGGAGCGACAGCACCAAAGCAAACCCAGGAGUGUGUGACCAAGGGGAUCUGAGGCCAGCUGUGAAGCUGAGGAGAGAAACACACACGCACACAAGCUCACACACACUGAGGAGGUGACUUUCACCUCAUCUAAAGCUUCAGGAUGUUCAAGAAGAAAGAAACCACCAAGAUGACCAAGACCCAGGCAAGUGACCUGGCCCUGUUGAUCGCACGCAUGCAAAAGCAUGCUGACACAGUGGAAAAAGACGUGCUGAGAGCUGAGGAGCUGCUGGUCAUUGAUGCAGAAAAUGAGAAGAAGAAACAGCCCCUCCAGCACCAGAAGGAAGCCGCCAGCUGCUUGUCUGAAGCUGAGGGGCUCCUGAAGGAUCUCUUCCUGGAUUUGGACAAGGCCAGGAAAAUGAGUCACCCUCAGGCUGGAGAGAUCGAGAAUGAUGUGACCCGUCUCCACGAUCGCUGGCUGAAGGACUGCUCGUUUUACCGUGAGGUCUACGAGCCCAUGAAUGAAGUGGGCCUGCAGCCGCGUAUCAACUGGGCUCAGGUGUUCCUCCAGAAACAGAAAGAUGCCAACUCUGAGGCUUACGGGCCCACCAUGGCUGACCUGGAGAAACAGAUUGCAGCCCAUAAUAUCCUACACAAAGAGAUUGAGGCCUACAACACAAUGCUCAGUCCAGGAACCACCAGCUCUAAGGAGGAAUACGCUGCCGUUAAGAAGCAGUACAGCAAUCUCUUGGAUAACUCAAAGUGGAGGCGUCACUACCUGAACAGCCUGUAUGACUACAUGCAGGGCUGCACCAAAGAAGUGUCGUAUCUCGGUGAUGAGCAGGCCAAGAUCCUCCAACAGGACUGGAGUGACCGCAUGGUGGACCCACCUGACGUCCGCCGGCGCUACGAGAACUUUAAGAACAACAGUCUUCUGUCUCAUGAGAGCGAGGUCAACAAACUGCAGGACGAUGGAGAGCGCCUGAUAGAGCUCAAACACCCCGCCACCAACGCCAUACAGGCCCAGAGAGACACGCUGAGGGGCGAGUGGGAGAAAUUCCUGAACCUCUGCAUCUGCCAGGAGAACCACUUGGACAAUGUGGAGGAGUACAAAAAGUAUCAGCUGGAUGCUGAGAUGCUCUCUGAAUCCUUAUCUGGCUUCAGCUCCUCACUGGACCCUAAAGCUCUUGCCAACAAGACCAACACAGAGAUCCAGCUGCAGCUAGAGGCGGAUGAGCGGCCUAUUCAGCGCAGUGAGCAGCUCUUAGCUGAUCUGAGGAAACGCAGCACCACCAUCGCUCCCCUCAAACUCCGCCGCACUGCUCCUACUAGACCCACCACUGUAGAUGCACUGUGUGACUGGAACACACCCAAGGCCUCUGUGUCUCGAGGGGAGAGAUUCACCCUGAAGUCCAACACCAACCCUGCUAGCUGGGAGGUGCUGUCCAGUGAUGGGGCGACCAAGAGUUUCCCUGGAGUGUGCUUCUUUAUUCCUCCACCUGAUCCUGAGGCCAUCGGCAAAGUGGAUCUUCUAGGUAAAGAGCUGGAGGAGCUGAAGAAAAGGCGUGCAGCGCUGAGAGCUUCAUUAAAAACUCAAGCCCCUGAGGCUUCACGAGUACAGAAAGCAGCUCCAGUGGCUAAAGUUCCCGAAAACCCCAAAACAGCAGAACUGGCUUCACGUCUGGAUCAGUUGGAUAAGGACCUGGCUUUAGCAGAACAGGACAUUCUGAACCGCAUGAGAACUCCACUGGACCGCACUGAUCCUGCUAAAGAUCUUGCUAAUCGCAAGAAGGAACAAGAGAAAGCUGCUGCAGCUCUGCGGCAGUUGGAGCAGCAGAAGGCAGCUGCACAGAAAGAUCUGGAACCACUGAUGUCUCAGGACUCUAACGGCCCAACGUUAUCAGCUCUGCCUCAAAAACUCAACCAGGCCAAAAACAAGCAAGACAGCCUCGCUGCCCUCAAUGACCUCUACACCAAGAAGGCUAAUGCAUCCAUCAACCUGGAAAACCAAAUAAAGAAAGUGGAUGGAAUCGUUUCUGACUUUGAGAAGCAGCUGAGUAAAGAUGGAGCUAUUGCAGAUGCUCCCAAUGCCAUACAGAACCGCAUACAGGACCUGCAGACCCUUAAGAAAGAUGUAAAUGCUGCUCAGCCUGAGAUGCAGAAGCUAAGCAAGGACCUGGAGACCACAGAGAAGCUGUGCAGCUCUCUUCAGCAGGGAUAUCAGGAGUAUUGCCCAGAUAUUCGCAGACAGGAAGCUCAGGUUAAAAGCCUGCAGAGCCGCUAUGCUAACGUCAACAACCAGCUGACUGCCAGGGAGAGUCUUCUGCAAGAGGCUGCCAACAAAAAUCAAGACUUCCAGAAUGCUAGCAAGUCCCUGAGUUCCUUCUUAGAUAACCUGCCCAACAACAAGAUCAGUCCCAAGGAUAACUUGUCACAAAUCAACGCAAAGCAGGUUUCUCAGGAGAGGGUGGUUGAGGACAUUCGGAGGAAAGGUGAUGAUGUGGACAGGGUGGUGGACUUCUCCCAGGACUUGCAGGAUCUUCUCAAUGAUUAUGAGCUUAACUCUGAUAAGUACAAGGCUACUGUCAAAAACCCUGAUGCAACCGAUGCUUAUAAGAAACCUACCUCGACCAUGGCAGGCUCUGUGGCAAACCAGGAAAAGGCUCUGGUAAACCGCUACACAAACACAGCAGCUGCAAAUGACCAACUACUCAACCAAAUGGACUUAGCGAAAAAUGUUCUUGCUCAGAAUGAGGAGAAGGUAGCUGUUGUGCAACAACAGCAGCAGCAGCUGCAACAACAGCAACAAAAAAACUUAGUAGAGGUUGAUGGUCUACAGAAACAGCUUAGUGACGAAGCUGCCAGACGUGCCCAGGCUGAAUCUGAGAUCAGGACAUACAAGGACAGACUGCUCUCCCUCAAGAGCAGAAAAGGUAUUGAGCGCUUGGAAGAGAAGGAAGUUCUGCAGUACUACCGCGACCCAAAAAUCGAGGCCGAUCUAGAGGAGUUCAGGAAAACACUCCACGAAGAGGCCUUGAAACGCACCAGAACCCAAAGUGAGAUUGAAGUGCUCACUAGAAGAAUCGCUAAUCUGGAAACCGACCUUAAAAACACCAAGCCAAAACUGGUGACCAGGGAGGUGACCAAAUAUGAGAGAGAUCCUCAGUUGGAUGUGGAGGCUUCAAAAAUAAGGAACGAGAUAAGCAGACUGCUGAAUGAGGUCAAACUUAGAGAUACUGAAGAAGGGCAACUAAAAACCGAGGUGACCAUCUUAGAGCAAAAGAGACCUACCAUCAGAGAAAAGGUAGUACAGAAGGAAGUCAUUAAAGUAGAGAAGGAUCCUGAGAUGCUGAAGACAGUCAGGUCAUUUAAGAUGGAAAUUGAAGAUGAAAGUGAGAGGUCCAGGUCUCUUAACAAUGACAUUGUGCAAACAAGCACCCAGAUCAGAUCCCUUGAGAGACUCAUCCCUACUUUACAGCCCAAGGUUGUGACCAAGGAGGUGAAGACAGUUGAAACAGAUCCUUUGCUUGUCAGUGAAUCCACAAUGCUUCGGUCAAACAUAGAGGAAGAAAGACACCAGAAUAAUGUUCUCAUUCGGGAACUGAGUGAACUUCAGUCACGAUACGUCCAACUUGAUCAAAUGAAACCAAAGGUGGACGUCAAGGAGAUUGUUAAUGAGCUCUACAGGGUUUCCCCAGAGACUGAAAAGGAGAUGGGACGACUGAGAAAUGAACUGCAGGAUGUCACAAGGCAGUAUUCUAACAUUGAAAGACAAAUCACUGUAGUCAAAAUUGAUUUGGAGGCUGUCCAAGCUCAGAAGCCCAGGGUUGAGUACAAAGAUGUGGUUCAAGAGUUGGUAAAAGAAGAACGCAGUCCUGAAAACGUAAAAGAGAUCCAGAAGCUUACAGAACAAAUCUAUGGCCUGCAGAGAACUUACAAUGCCUCCCAAGAUGAACUGAAUCACCUAAGAAGAGAGCGGGAUGACCUGAGGGAAGAGAAGUCAAAGGUUGAGACAAAAGUGGUCACUAAGGAUAUUGUCAAAUAUGUCAGUGAUCCACUUUUGGAGAAAGAGGCAGACCGCCUAAGGAAGGAGGUUCGUGAAGAAGCACAGACACGUCGAACGAUUGAGGAAUUGGUAUUCGAUCUUCAGAAUAAAUACAUACAGCUGGAGAGACAAAGACCAGAGGAAAAGUUGGUAGUUCAAGAGGUGGUGCGCUUAGAGAAAGACCCGAGGCAGCUAAUGGAGCUUGACAGGCUGGGAAGAAAUCUGGACGAGGAGGUCAAUAAUCGCAGGAAGGCAGACCAGGAGGUUCAGCGACUGAGAGCCCUAAUAGAGGAUAAGGAGAGAACCAUUAGAGAAAGUGAGGAAAGCCAUAAAAGAAUACAGGUUGAGACUGAGCUGUCACAAAUCAAAUCUCGCAUCAAUGAGCUGGAGAAUGCACCGCCACCAGUUCAGGAGUACAUUGUGACAGAGGAAGUUCUCAAGGUUGAGAGAGACCCAAAACUGGAAAAACUGACCAGUGGUCUCAGGGCAGACUUUGACGGAGAGUGCAACGAUGUCAUGCGGUUGGAAAGGGACAUUAGAAAUGUGAAACUGCAGCUAGAAAUCCUGCAAAAGGAGAAGUCUUAUGAAAGAACAGUCUACAAAGAAGUCGUCAGAGUAGAGAAAGACCAGACAGUUGAGGCUGAACGCGCUCACCUAAGAGACCAAGUCAUCCAGCAGAGAAAUGCCAGACUGGACUUGGAGGAUGAACUCCGUCGGCUUACUGACAAGCUACAGAGACUGCAGAGCAGAAAAACAGCUACUUCUCAAGAGGAGGCCAACCUUGUACUCCACAGGGACUCCCUUCUUAAGGAAAAACAGAACCUCCAACAAGAACUGAGAACUAUGGAGACAGAACAGAAAGACAUCACCUUUUCAUUCCAGCAGCAGUCCAGGCUAAUGAGUGAAAAAAGUCAAAUGAACAGACAAAAGAGUAUCAAGAUGGAGUCAGAUGUCCAGCGUCUGGAAAGAGACAUCCUGGAUGAGAAGGACAGGAUCCACAAACGAGAGAACACCAUCAUGGAGCUCCAAAAUAGCCUGAAAAAGGAGGAAAGUGCCUUAGAAACUCGAACACAGGAGAAAAACGUCUCCACCAGAAUCACCAUCCUCGAUCCUGAGACCGGUAAAGACAUGUCACCGUAUGAUGCUUACAUUCAAGGGCUAAUUGAUCGCUCCCAGUACAUACAUUUGCAAGAGCUCGAGUGUGACUGGGAAGAGAUGACAUCAAAGGGACCUGAUGGGGAAACAACCAUCUUGCAAGAUCGCAAGAGUGGCAAGCAAUACUCUAUCAAGAAUGCCCUUAAAGAAGGCAAGAUAACUCAGAAGGAACUUCAGCAAUACAAAGAUGGCAAGAUUCCUAUCUCAGAGUUUGCUCUCCUUGUCGCUGGAGAAAGGAAUAAACAGCCAGCCAUCACGGCAUCUACCAGUCAGAAAAUUUCCAGCCAGAAACCCUCAUACACUAACAGCAUCCCUACUUCCCUUGACUCACAGCUUCCUAUUUGUGGGGUCUUCGAUAAAGACACCAAUACAUGCCUUUCUGUACGAAUGGCCAUGGUCCGUAAGAUGAUUGACACCACCACUGCCCAAAGGUUGUUGGAAGCACAGGCAGCCACAGGUGGUAUUGUCGACGUCAACAACAAGGACCGAUAUUCUGUCCAUAAAGCAGCAGAUCGUGGUCUGAUUGAAUCCAGCCAGCUGCAGAGGUUGCUAAAUGCUCAGAAGGCCUUCAGUGGGGUUGAGGAUCCAGUAACCAGAGAACGCCUCUCGAUUGGAGAAGCCGUUCAGAAGGGGUGGAUGCCCAAAGACACGGCUAUGCGCUACAUGGAGGCCCAGUACCUGACCGGAGGACUGGUCGACCCCAACCAAGCAGGCAGAGUGAACAUCGUAGAUGCGGUUAAAGCCAAAAUGAUCGACAGCACGAUGAUGAGAGAGCUUCAGGAAGAGGCACAGUACUCCAAGGAGCUGACGGAUCCAGUUACAAAGCAGAAGAUUAACUACAAGCAAGCACUGGCACUCUGCAAGCCUGACCCACAGUCAGGCCUUCCAAUGCUCUUGGCCUCCUCCAAGGAUACUGGCUACAUCCCUUCAUAUUACAGCCACAGAUCAUCACCCUACAGCGGCUACUCCUAGACAUGUUUACAGCCAGGACAAGAUACCAGCUAGAUAUACCAGCUCAGUGGAAACAAUGAAUGUUAAUCAUCUUGAUCUAUUCAGUGCUCAGAUUAUUAUACAUCUCAGGAAAAUGUUGCCGAUUCACAGCACAAUUUUAAUAUGCAUGAGCUAUACAUUUAUUAAAGAGUAACAGAUUAUAGGGGCCAAUUAGCAUUAUGUAAAUAGUGCUACCUAAUAUGCACUGGCUUUUCUUUUUUUGUGGAUGAAUAUCCUUCAUUUAAAGGCAUUUACUGCUGCUGAUGAACAUGUUUACUUAAAUGCUACGACAAAAGAAAAACAACCAUUUAACAUUUAUCUAAUAUAAAAAGAAUAUUCAUCUAAAGAGAGCAAUGUUUAUGAAGAUAUCAUUAUCCUUUAAAGUUUUAUUUUACUUGGGAUGAUGGGUUUUUUGAGCCUUUUAUUUACUUUAAAUGUUGAUAAUUAUUUAAUUCUUUCUUUUAAGGAGUCUGUUCUGUAUGAGAAAGGAAUUGUUAAAUAAAGUGUUACAUAAUAAAA